GAAUGAGGGAAUGGGAAAAAAGAUGAAAAGAAAGCAAAGAAAAUGGACAGAGUGUUUGAGUCUGCCAUGCUGUCACAUCUAAAGGGAAAUGUAUCCAUCCAGUGUCCAGAAACCAAACAGAUGAGGUUUUCCAGUCAGCCUGCAGACAGAUGUGGAAGCUGCUGCUGCUCUCACCGCAUGACGAAGCUGGACAGACCAGCCUGGAGCCAGACGGCAGCAGCAUGCCACCUUAAGCAGCACUGAGCUGUCCACCUUUGUCCAUCUCUGUACAAUCUGGUCUUUCCACUUGGUGAAGAUGUAGUCUGUUUGAUCUCUGUGGAGAUGUCUUCAAACACAGUCUCCUCUGCCUUGUUGCUAUGGUCAUUGUGGUUGCUGCUCCUACUGACCCCCGUCACACAGAUGAGAGACUCUGCCUCCGCAUCUGAAACUUCUCUGCUGGUCAAUACCACGCUGUUGUUUGACAGUGGCGCCCCAGGCUACAACCUGCGGAACUGCAGCUGCUCUACACCUGUGGAGGACUGUGACGAGGCUCUGGCUAACUCACUGUGCAGAUGCCACACCAUUCUGCGAUCCGCUCUGCCCCUUUCUGGGAUCAGAGAUCCUGGACAACUCACCAUCUGGGUGAAGGAGCUCUGGGUCCUGGAGGAGCUGUUGAACAGGAGCAUGGUUGGCCAUUUACAGUUGUCUUUUUGUGGAAUAAAACCAAUGAAUAGUCAGUAUCUUGCUUUGCUAGGUCUACAAUCCCUCAGGAUCCACAGUGCAGCACCAGAGGCACCCUACCCCAACCAGGAAAUUACAGUCUUCCCUGCAGGAGGGGUUGCAGUGGAGUUAGAGGCGCUCUCCUUUGAUUUCUCCUCGUCCUUCCAUGUGACCAUCCUGGAUGUUGCAGUGCUCAAUGGGCUCUCUGCCCUGAAGGCAUACAGUGUUGUGGGUCCACCUGCUCCUGCCCUCUACCAGCACUUUCCCCACCUGGCCAUUCCUCUUGCUCUGCCAUCUUCUGCUACUCCUGAUGACCCUUCGCACCCCAGUGAGCAGGCCGCAGAGCCUCUGCAGAAACUGCUCAUUACGUUUGUCUACUAAUGAAAAAUUCUCAUUCAAUCGCUGAGUCAGGUCUGCGGUACAAGUGACAACUGAUCCAUAGGAAUCCAAUACAACAUAGACGGAUGUCUUUUGUUCUCCUUCUGCAAAGAAAAGUUGCACAUCUGACAUAUUCUCUGUGGAAUAUGCAACUUUUUGAAUGACUGGCUGCUGUGCUGGGGCUUUGACCUGUGUCUCAAGAAAGUCAGACAUCUUGCUCUCCCUGUUACUUUUUCUUCGAGGAAACUAUUGAUUUCAUUCGUACACUUCUCCUGCUGUUUUUCCAUCCCUGAAAGGAACUGUCGAGAUAUUUCUGCACCCAUAACCCAUUUGAACACACAGCUGGGUAAUGCUUAGACCAGCUACAAUUUCAAGUCUUGUUACAGCACAGUUUGGACACAAAAUGUUGACGUAGGUAAUUUUUAACCAGAAAGCUACCAUGACUCUGAUUCUUACAUGACAUCUAAUGCGCUUCUGUUAGAUGCAAUGUUUUACUUUUGCUAACAUUUUGGAAAUGGUUCACAUACAAGUUUCAACUCCAUGAGCACACAUUGUGUUUACAUGCACAAAUAUUAUCUCAUAACCUUGUAAUCAAGGUCAAUAUGUCAAGUCGGGAGAGUCUUUUAUCUGCACGUUCACAUUCUGAUUACAAAUGUUGGGACCACUUAAGGUACCCAGUAAGUCGAUUUAAUAUGGCACCCAGCGUAAAAGGGUUAAAAGUAAUGACUGAUCUCUUUACAACCAUACAUCCGCUUCAGGUGUCUUUAGAUAGUGAUGUGACAUGGAAUUUUAUAUCGUGGCUGUCAUUAUUCUGAAAACGGGCUGCACGUCCUUGUGUAUAAAUCUUGCUUAUCAGCAGUGGUCUCUUUACAAGCUUGCGGUGAGGGUCCAGCAGCAGCAGGUGAGCCCUCAGAUUUGUUGUGGAUGUAGAAGCUAGCUGCUUUUUAGAAAGUUGACAAACAGCUUCAUCUUUGUUGUUAAUUUUGUAGUUGCUGUGAUCGCCUGAGCACAGCUUUGCUAGCUUUACCAGCUUUAUUAGCAUAGUUGACUGAUAUGUCAAUCGGACAUGCAAUAGGCCAAGUUGAAAUAAAUUUUCAGAGUGCCCUCAACUGGACCACAAAGCAAACUACUUUGAAUGGUCUGUUGCACUAAUGACUGUAAAGUUUGAAUUACAGCUCAUUACAGUUUGAAUAUUGAUUUGUUUUACCAUAUUCCAUCAAAUUUAAAAAAUGGUCAGGAAGGAGCCAUAAAUAAGUUUUUAUUAAAAAAAAAUGUGUGAAAAAAAAUCUCUUUGGCUGUUUGGCUGUUCAUCUAUUCUAUUUGUUAAAUAUAAAGAAAAUGUGUUAGCAAAGUUUAGUAUUCAGGUUAAUAUUGGCACACUUCAGCUGUCACAUCAAAGCUUCUAACAGUCUGGAUCAGAGUUAAUAGCUUUUACAUAUAACUGUUAUAUGGAAUACAAGGUGACUCAAACUCACUAGUCUGCAGAUGUGCUUUUAAACAAUACUGGCAGUGUACACUUAAAACACCAGGUAUGGUUACACUUGAUUUUUGAGAUCACAUCAUUGUGUGUCUUCAUCUGGCCUGAGAAUGUUCCCUUACUCCUGUGAGCUGUUUCUGAAUAGUAUGUUCCUAUCACACAAGCUGGUUUUUUGUCACCAAAAACUCCCUGGCAUGAACAGAUGACACAAGUGAUUACAGACACUGUGCUCUGAUACACAAAUCUGCUAGAACAAUAUCCAAGAUAAACCACACACCUGCUCCCGGAGAGGGAUGAUAUGUUCCAGAUCCAGUUCCCAUCUUCCAAAUGGGUGUUAGCAAUGUUUCCCGUUCCCUUUCAGAUGUUGUCAGAUGUAUCAGAGCUUCAGGACAGCAUGGAGGAGACUAUUAACUGGACUUUGAUCUCCCCCUUACCCUGGAUUUCAUAUACAGUCCAGACUAUUAAGUAUUUGGACAGCUCUAUAUUUUUGUUCUUCAGUCUCUGAGCUUCAGCACAUUCACUCAUUCAUUAAGUCUCAGCUUUAAUUUGAUCAGAGUUACAGCCCUUUUAACAGGGCUAUACUGAUGAGUGCCCAAAGUUUAUGCGCUUUUUUUACUCAUUUGUGUAGCAUCCUUUGCAGUCAGUGACUGCCUGAGGUCUUGGACCCACAGACAUCAGCAGAGGCUUUAAAUCUUCCGUGGUGAUUGUCUCCCAGACCUUCACUGCAGCAGAGUCUGGUGGAGUCUGAGCACAGACUGCUCGUGUUUACUUCUGUAUUCAUCCUGUUGCUUCUGUCAGCAUUGAAAUCAUCAGUAAACGUUUGCCAGUUCCAUUGUCAGCCAUACAUGCUUAAGCUAUAACAGGUCCACCACCAUGUUGGACAGGUGAGGUGGUGGCUUUGGGUCACUUUCCUCUUCCCAUCAAUUUGAUUUUUGUUCCAUCAGUGCACAGUUUCUUUUUGUAUGUUUUUAUGACCAAGUCAUACAACAUAUACCUACCUACAUCCAAGAGAACAUUGUUGACUUGCUGUGCUUCUUCUGUGAUUUUCUGUUCUUCCACAGGACCUGUGCUUCUCGGUCUACCAGGUUGUUUUUUUAAAUCUCUCUAAUGGAAUUUUGCAUUUUUAAGCUUCAUUAUCUUCAUUUGCACGGUUACCUCUUUACUCCUCAUAUUGACAGAUAAGUCCACCUCAGUCUACAUGUAAAGGGAACUUCUCAGCUGUCAGUCAGCUCAGGGCUGUGUGUGUGUGUUUUGUACAUGAACAAACACACAGUCCAAGAAUCAUUUAGCAGUCAAGUGUCCAACUACUUUAAAACCUUUUCUUUAAAUGGCCAUAUUUCCCAUUCAGGUCUUUCAACAUAGAUGUAAAUCAAAAUAAAGCUGAGACAUGGCACUUUGAUGUCUUAUCUGUUAUUUUAUUUCAAAUUUAAUUUGCUGAAGCUCAGAGCCUGAGAAGCAAAAAAGGUGCAACUGUCCAAUUACUUAUGGUUUAAACUGUAUAUCACUGUCCUUCAACAUUUUGUGAUGACAGGGGCUAGCUCCAUUUGCUAUGCCAUGGAGCAGACAUGACCGUUAAACAGUCUAAGUCGGAGAUUCCUAGCACUAGUUAAACCAGAAUAAACUUGGUAUUUUGGGGCCCAGCUGUGACAGCCUUGAUAAACUAGCAAACUAGUCCUUAAGGUGAAGGAUUCUAGUUGUGUUUUCUGUUUGUUGAUAGACACAACAAUGAAAAGAACAAGAACUGUUUUCUCUAAGCAAAGAGAUGAAUGUUUGACUGCUACAGCAGAACCAAGUAAAUGGUUGUGGUGGUUGUGGCAACUGCUCUGUACAAAUGACUUUUUGGUUAUUUGAUUAAGUACAACUUUCUUUGACAAUGUGCCCCACUGAAGCACAAUUAAACACUGAGCUGAUAUAGUUCCUAAAAUAUAGUUUUUCAGAUUAUCACAAAUUAACUGACAUACAGAAAAUUCCAAAUUCCAAAUUCCAAAUUCCAAAUUCCAAAAACCAAAAACCUGUUCUGAGACUCAUUUAAGUUGGGGUUGCUCAAUAGGAGCCCCCUGCCCUUUUUAAGGCAAUAAUGGCAAAAAUAGGUCUCUACCGAUUUUUUUUUUUUUUCUGGAUUAUGUAAUCGGCUCUUUUAACAGCAUUCCUAUGGCUGGAAAACAACAAGUGCUGGGUCAUGUAUUACACCUGUUACAUGUUGAAAUACUUGAACAGUACAGUGAGAAAAAGGACAAACAAAGGGAUCAAUAGAGCAUCAUUAAAAAAAAAUGUACUGUGGCAGCUGACUGCAGUGAACGCUGGCUGGAACCAAUCCAGAGAAUCCAGUAUGGGGUCAGAGGAUAUUUAAAGAAGUUAAAAGCUAUCUGUUGUUGAGACAUAAGGCCACUGCCCAUGACAGUAUACCGCAUAGUAAAGACUGUCUGAGAAAAGCUAAAAGGCUGCAGACGAUGACUGUGUCAGUUUGCUGUGGUAUGUGAUGGAGAGGCACAGUAGGCUCACUGUUAUGAAGGCUGCAUUCUGCUGCUGCGUUUUUCCAGCUGCUCUUAUUGAGUGCAGAUGGCCUAAUAAAACAAGUUGUUUUGAAACAGGUUAAAAUGGCCGCCCAAUAAACAAGAGUCCCAGGGUUAGGAUCCUCUCUCACCAGCCAACAAACCUCACUCUCUUUGGAUCAAAACAGUGACUUUGAGUUGUCCAGUUAUUAACCCACUCCAAGCCAAGUUGACAGGGUUCUGUAAGAGGGAAGAGGAGGAAGUGAAAGAGUUUUUUUUGUUGUUUUUGUGCAGUCACUUUACCCAAAAAAGAAAUGAAUUGGAGAACAGCUGAAGAAACUGAACAUGUAGCAACUCUCUCUCUCUGGUUUCAUGCUCUCUUCCUCUUUCUGGUUCCAGCUCAUAUCCUGUGAGAGACUUUAGUAAAUCUGUUCUCACAAACACAAUCACGGGCCAACACUUCUGUUCCACAGAUCAUUCAAGGACUGUUGUGGGCCUGUGUGUGUGUGUGUGUUUAUAUCAAUUGACAGGAUCCAUCACAGUUGGACUGUAGCAGAUGCAAUGUGUUUCAUGUGUAAACACCACAGUUUACAGCUAAAUAAAUGUGGGUUGUACCAUUUUACUGCACUGUUUAUGUGAAAAUAGGUUAAAAAUAUCAACUUUUAAAGAAGUCCAGAGAAAGCCAUGGUUUUGGCUAUCAGCUAUGGAUUUCUGAAUGUACACAAGGGGUUUUAACUGGUCCAUACAUCCAAUGGACAGAAAUGCUUGUCCCAGUUUUUUAGAGAGAAGGAGAGCAGACUUCGUACACUCCACACCCAAAAGAAACUGGCCUUCAUUUGUAACGCAGUGUAGGGACUUUGAACCAUGUUCAGUGCCUCCAGUUUAUGUAUGACGUAACAUUCAUGUGCUGACCAAAAUCUGGGAAGUUUUCAGACACCAUCACAUAUUUUAAAACGUGACCACUUUCACAUGCACAUGCUGUUGUAAAUUUAACCUUGAAAUAACUGAAAACUAUUCAUUAAAGCCACUUUAAACAGUAAUUAAUGUUAGCAUACAAACAACUACAGCUCCCAUUGUCAGUGUAUGUAUCAUAUGUCAUUGCAACUCUCGUAUCCAUAAUAUUCUCUGAGGCUCAUUCUAGUAGUCAUCCUUCUAACUUUUCAGGUGUGAUCUCUGCUAACAUCUAAACAUCAUUAUUUUCAUCUUUCAUCUGACUUUGAUUUGUCUCAGUCUGUCAAAGUGGUGACAUUUAAUCUGUGAUGGUAUAUUACAUAAACAACAUUACAUCAUUAAUGUGCACAACAUAUUGUUGGCUAGGGUUAUGUUCCACAUUUGGAUUUUUACUAAUUUACAUUAUUACAAAUGUCAAUGAGCUUUUGAACAAGGUUUUCUUGUUUAUGUAACAGAAUCUGAAAAAAAAAAAAGAGUUUCACUUUGGCUCCCUAAGGAGAUGAAGCUGAGGAUCAAUGAACAGCAACCAUGGCAUAUGUGCAAUAGGCUGAGCAGACUGCUCCAAAAUAUAUAUGGCCCUAAGGCUUAAUAUCUUGAAAAAAAAAAUUUUUUUUUUUUACACAUUGCCAUUGACUCAGGACAUCAGCUGGGAGUUUUCAUUGGUUUUCAUUCACUACAUUCACUAAAUAACAAAUCAGUUAUUUGUCACCAUCUAGUGGUAAUAAAUCAGAGUAAAGUUUUAAGGUGCCUCAUAUUCAACCCAGUUGUGGUGGUUUAAACUUUAUACAUAAUUAAAUUUACAUAAUUUUAUAAUUUGAGCUCAGCCCUUCUUUUUUAGUUCCAUGUAUACCUCUUUUGUUUUGGCAGGGCUGUAUCCUGGUACUGAAUGCACUUUUUACUCUGUCUUUAAAGCAUGAACGUGGAAACAGGAUGGUGACUUUAACAUCUGGACCUGGGAAUUUUCAAAAACAUCUAGAACUCUUUCUGAAACCAGAUUUAACUGUGGCUCUUUCUUUGUCCAGUAGAAACACAUUUCAUUGGGCAACAAGGCUGAAUUUGAUUUCUGUGUAAACUGCUGUGAGUGCCAUCUGGUUUAGUAAAUAUUUGCUCCAUAUAAACAAAAGAGUUAUUAUUAAUAUUUUCUGAAGCUUUAUUAGCACCUUCUGCAAACCUUUUUGUCGCCUGUAUGCCAACAUUCACACCCAGUAUUCAGCACAGUUACAUACUGGGACUUCUUUGCCCCAUUAACACUAUUGUAAGCGGCUCUUACUGAGCAGCCAGGACUCCACCUUCAGUGACUCCUACCUGGUUAGUGGGGGUGAUUACACACCUCCACAAGCAUCCUUUAAUGGUUUUCAGACUGGGCAUGUAGAACAGGAGAUGCAGCUGUGUGCUGAUGCUCUGAUCAGAGCACAUACGCAGUCUUAAAAGGUCUGGAACAUUCCACCACCAAGUGGGUUUGACAUCACUCUCCCAUGUUAGAGCCUUGACUUCCUUUUCUUUCUUCUGUCUUGAUCUGCAUUACAGCACCUUAAGUACUUAUUUCAGGGAAUGUAAUUACUCAAAUGUAAAACAGAUUUGUUAUGAUUAUGUGUAACCCAUGGUUUUGUUUUUUAAGAUGUUGCCGAUCUGCAGUUUUACAUCACCUUUUACAUGUUCAGCGACUCUCGGGUGUAACAUGUACUGGUUGAGGAAUACAUUGUGUAUUCAGAAACGGCUUGGCAGGUUGAAUUUGUACAUAAUUUGACUUAUUUAAACAAAUUCCUGAAGCUUCUUUGUGUCAUGACAAGACAAUGUGGAUUGUUUCUUUUGUCCACAAACUUCAUCCCUCU